AUGUCCUCCAGCCCUACUCCGAUUGAGAGCAACCCGUACCCCGAAGCAACCCUGAAUGAGGAGAGUGAAGCGCCCAAUGCAAAAAACCAGCUAUCGUCUCCCGUUUCUGAGGGUACCGGGAAAGACGAUGUCUCGGAGUGUUUGUGCGAAGACAAGACACAAGUCUUCGUCCAACCCAAACUCCAGCCUGCCGGCAACACAUACAAACCUCCGGUGUGGGCGAUGCCGUGUCCGGUCGAAUUGGGUUACCGUUUCGAAGUAAUCAAGAAUGGAACGCCUCUUUCAGAAUGUACAGUCAUCCUCAGUGGAGCCCAAGACUCCGGCGAUGCCACAGAACUUAGUUUUUGCCUGUUUGGUCGACAACCGCAGCCAUUUUACGCCCCAUACAACCGCCUUCACGGACAGUGUGUUGCACUCGCCCAUCCGUCAGUCAGUCGUUUGCAUGCAGUGCUUCAGUAUGGCCGUCCACCGCCAUCUAUCGCCAAAACAUCUCUUGCACAACCGGAAGCUGCUGGUUGGUAUAUACAGGAUCUGGAGAGCACUCAUGGUACUUUCGUCAACAAACGCCGCCUUCCCUCUGGUCGGUUUGUACGCAUUCAUGUGGGACACGUGAUACGCUUUGGUGGCAGUACUCGAUUGAACGUUCUUCAAGGGCCAGAAGAUGAUACGGAAAAAGAAUCCACUCUGUCUUGGACAGAGUUGAAGCAAGUUCACUUUGCCAAGAAGGCAGUUGCGAAGGAACGCACAGUGGAUAAUGCUCCGGAAGCUACCGUUGACUUUGGAUGUGAUUGGGGGCUCGCAGCUGAAGAUGCAGCUGCCGAUGUGCCCAGCUUCCUUCGUGAUAUCAACGGAGCAGCCUGCCUGAGUCACGAAAAUCUCUAUCAAGACGACCCAAAACGCGCAUUGAGGACUUACUUUGAGCGCGAGGGGAUCGAUCCAGCCCCGGAGUUCGAGUUUGUCGAAGCUUCCUUCGGAAAACAACACUGUAAAAUUGAUCUGCCUUUGUCGAGCGGAACAAUUACAGCUGAGGCGAUUGUGGCAGGCAAACGGAAAGAGGCCAUCGCGCAGUGCGCGCUGGAAGCAUGUCGACUAUUGGACCGUCUUGGUGAAUUUGAUCCGAAUAAAGACCAAUCCACGGCCGCCAAACGAAUUCGAACUAAGGCCUAUUGGGAAGAACAUGACUACUACUCAUCUGACGAAGACACUUUCACUGACCGAACUGGACAUGUGGAACGAAAACGUCUCAAUAGAAUUCGCCAGUUAGGCGUGGAGGGUCGAGAAGCCGAGGAAGCUGAACGCCGAGCUGCAGAAAAUGCAACAGCCACACGUCCGUAUUCAGCACAGCGUUUGGACAAUGCUACCCUAUUGACUGUGCUGGCCGAAUUGGAGAAAGUUGGUGAAGAAAUCGUAUCUCUUGAAGAGAAGUUGGAGAAAAUUAACAAAGAAUUCACUCCCCAAGGACCGAAUCCGUCAGAGUUGGACGAACUGGAAACGUACAUGAAAGCCUUAAAGUCUGGUGCACCUUCCCGUAAGGAGCGUUUGAAAUUAAGGUCUCAACUUUUCACUCUUCGGCAAAGGGAAAUGCGUUUGUUUCAGCAAGCCGGACUUCCUCAGCCACGACAGCGGGUGAAACUGAUUACCACUGAUGGCGAAGAAGGUGAAGAACGGGUUCCUGUUGUGGAAAAGACGGUGAGAGCCGAUGCAGCAGCUGCGGUUCGUGCAGCGAAGCGCAAACUCCAAGAAGACACUGGUGCAGCGGCUUCGCGCGAAGUUGCUUCAGAACAAGGCCCAAAGAACGCGCGUCUCCUAAGGAAUGAAAUCAAACGAAGUUUGGCAGGUCAUCGUACGGUUCAGCAGUCUGACUAUACUCACUAUGUCAGCGAAGAUCAACCAUUUGAAGUUGAAGAAGAUGAUGAUGAAGAAGUGGAGGCGGCCACUGGACACUCAACACUGGGAGAUCGUCCAAACCCAAAUUCUCCUGCACUGCCUUCUCUUGAAACGGAUUCGAAGACCUCAAAUAAAGACGAUCUAGAAAUCAUCACGGGUUCUAAAAUACCGACUGAGCACAGUGUAGACGGUUUUGUGGCCCAUGAACACAAACCUGCUGUGGAUACUGCUACCAAACCGAUGGGCGAUAGCAAAGAUUCUUUGGUUGCUGAUACGUGUUCCUUGCGUCCAACUCUCGGACCUACUGUUCCGUCAGACGUAGAAUUGCUCCCCAGCAGAAAGUCACGGGUCAAACAACCACAGCCAGAUGUCUACGAACAAGCCGACUCGGAUUAUGUCACUUGGGUACCACCCACCGAUCAGGAAGGGGAUGGAAUCACGGCACUGAACGCCAAGUUUGGUUACUGAUUCAAAACAGCCGCUGCUCCUUUUGUAAUUACUGUACAUAUAUGCCUUCUUAUGAUUAAAGCACACAGCAUACUGUCAAUGGAAC